UGCAGAAUUCAGAGGCCAGAAAAUGUAUAAAUUGAGGGCUGGUAGAGCUGGGAAAUUCAUAGUCAGCAUCGUUUGGAUACUGACAACAAGCAACAAGGCAUCUUCCUAAGCUCUGAGCUGAUAGCAUCAUCAUCGCCAUCAUGGAAAGCAGAAUAAUUCUAGCUGUGCUAGUUGCCAUCUCGGUUCUUGCCGUUUGUGCCGCCCAGGCUCCAAAUGGAUUUCGGCCUAGACCGGGACCAAGGCCGAGACCAGAAAACGGCACCAGGCCUGGACCAAGACCGAGACCAGAAAACGGCACGAGUCCUGGACCACGACUGGGACCAGAAAACGGCACCAGUCCUGGACCACGACCGGGACCAGAAAAUGGCACAAGUCCUGGACCAAGACCGAGGCCAGAAAACGGCACAAGUCCUGGACCAAGACCAAGGCCAGAAAACGGCACAAGUCCUGGACCAAGGCCGAGGCCAGAAAACGGCACCAGUCCUGGACCACGACCGGCACCAGAAAAUGGCACAAGUCCUGGACCAAGACCGAGGCCAGAAAACGGCACAAGUCCUGGACCAAGACCGAGGCCAGAAAACGGCACAAGUCCUGGACCAAGGCCGAGACCAGAAAACGGCACCAGGCCUGGACCAAGACCGAGACCAGAAAACGGCACGAGUCCUGGACCACGACCAGGACCAGAAAACGGCACCAGUCCUGGACCACGACCGGGACCAGAAAAUGGCACAAGUCCUGGACCAAGACCGAGGCCAGAAAACGGCACAAGUCCUGGACCAAGACCGAGGCCAGAAAACGGCACCAGUCCUGGACCACGACCGAGACCGGGGAACGGCGGAGGAAACCACUCUCAACCUAUCAACGGCACCAGGCCGGGGAACGACACUGGCAACUAUUCAAGUGACGGUCAUAUCGUAAAGCGCCAGAUAUUUUUCUCUACCACGCCACCCCCAUCAGGAAAUGGAUCUGGAAAUCACUCACACCCUCCUCCUCCUCCCCCAACACCAAGCAACAGUUCUGCUCCACCACCACCACCACACAACAGCACAGCUCCCCUCCACCAAGCAACAGUUCUGCUCCACCACCACCACACACCACACAACAGCACUGCUCCCCUCCACCAACCAACAGUUCUCUCGCUCCCCCACCUCCACCAAAACAACAGCUCUUUUGCGCCUCCACCCUCGUUCAACAGCACCACCCCUCCUCCACCAUUAAACAGUUCUUUCGCUCCUCCCCCGUCCAAUAGCUCUGCCCCUCCCCCUACCAACAGCCCAUCGCCUCCCCCACCUACCAGCAGCCCUCCUUCAGAACCGGAACUAGGCGGAUUCACAGACUCAUUGAUUUGA